AUGGACCAGACUGGCCAGUGGAAAACAAAAGGCAGAAACUAUCCGUUUUCAGUCCAUGAUAACAGGGUUGCGUUAAAGGACACCAUUGAUACUUUUGACCAGGGGUUGGGCCGGAGGAAGUGCCUAGAUGAGCAGCGUCAGCAUAGCUCUCACUUCUGUCUGUGUCAUGAUGACAGCAUGAACAGUUUAGGACAAAAGGCGCAGGAUUUCUCGGUCUACCAGACUGACUACCCACCCCAUCAGGAGACGAGGGGCUCUCAAAAAAGGCGUUUCCCCAGAGACCACCUGGAGAAGUCAGGUGCUGCCACUGUCGAUCAUUCCGGAGAUGUCUUCAUGUGGUUUGGGAGACAUGACUCAGACGACCGGUUGCCUCUUCAUGUUCUGGCGGCAACCAACCAUUCCUUGCCCUCACAGUCCAACCACUCUCGUCACAGCAAAAAUUAA